AUGUUGAGUCAAGUGGUGACCAACCAAUCUGGGCAACAAAGAGAGAAUCAACAGGAUGUGGCUGAUACAUCCAGGAUCUGUGAGUUCUUAAGGAUGAAUCCUUUAGACUUCAACUGUUCAAGUGUCAUUGAGGAUCCGAAAAACUUUGUUGAAGAGCUACAGAAGAUUUUUGAGGUUAUGUAUGUCGUUGAUUCUGAGGGAGUGGAACUAGUUGCAUAUCUAUUGAAGGGUGUUUUUAGGAUUUGGUAUGGACAAUGGAAAAGGAGUAUAGUUGAACGAGAACCAAUUGUUUGUUGGGUUGUGUUUGAAGGUGCCUUCAUGGGGCAUUUUUUUCCCUUUGAGCUAAGAGAGGCAAAGAAGCCAAAUGGACUUGCUCCAUCAUCUACUAGUGCACCUUCACCAAGGAACAAAGGAGCAUGUCGUGAUGGCUCCACUGGUUGUUUCAAGUGUGGUCAGACUUUUCACUUCAUGAGAGAGUUCCCUAAGAAUAUGAAGCCCGUCAGUGUUUCCAAACCUGUCGAUGAGUCUAUUCUAGCUGAGAGAGUUUAUCGUGAUGUUACCAGUUUAGUCAAUCACAAGGACACCAUGGCUUACUUAGUUGAGCUUAAUAUGGUGGACUUUGAUGUUAUUUAG